AUGGAUGUCCAGGUGAAGUACAUACUGCCUAAAGCGGCUAGACUGUGGCCUGAUAUCUUAUCGCCACUCACUACUCUUUCAUCCAUCUCUUCAACAACCAUGCCAUCACCUCCGUCGCAAGAGCUGGCCAAGCGACCUGCUGGCCAGCUCAUGCCCCCGCCUCCUCCACCAAAACGAAUCAAACGACCCGCAACCGUCUUAGAGGAAGAUGUCUACGCCAGCACCCUGUCGCACGUCAUCGCCCGCGACUUUUUCCCUGGAUUACUCGAAACGCAUUCCAAGCAGGAGUACCUGGACGCCAUCGAGUCUAAAGACAAGGCCUGGAUUGCUAGUUCAAAGAAGAAGCUCGCAGAUGUGAUGCGCACGCCUACGCCAGGAUCAAACGCCCGGCGAAAGCUAGAUGCAACUCCGACACCUCAUUUCGGACGACCUGAAGACACCCCUCAUGCUACCCCUCACGGCUGGGGAGGCGAUACGCCGAUGUCAGUAGUAUCGAAUAGCACAACAACGGAAACAUCUACCGGGCCUGAUGUAUCGAAUAUGGGUCUUCUCGGUUUUCAAUCAAAGUAUACAAGCGACGACAACGAAUCCUUCUACAAAGUCGUCGACAAGCAAAACGAGAAAAAAAGAGAGAAAUAUCCAUGGCUCUGGAAUGAUAACAAAAUCCCCUCUGCUCGCCAAAUUGCCCAUAGCAAGCAAGAAUCCCAACGCAUGAUUGCCGCCGGCGGCAACCCGGAGACCAGCUUGAUCCCGAUAAAAACAGAUCUUGAUGCCCGCCCAGCAAGACCCGACGCUUGGAAAUCCAAACCAGAUAAUACCCUAAUGUUUCUCCCAUCUUCGGUGGAAGACACCCACGAAACGCACAGCCAGAGAGCGGAACGCACCUCUCGCGCCGCCCCAAAGCGAAUCCUCUACCAAAACACAAGACUACCAGACCCCGAAGCCGUAGCGGCAGCAAACUCUAUCCCGCCAUCACCCUCCAUCUCAGCAAUUCAAGACGCAAUCGCUGGUCGGCCGCGCCUCGACGAAUCGGAGGUAUACACGGGGAGCGAAACACCCCGCGUUAACGGCUACGCAUUCGUCGACGAAGAUGAACCCGAAACACCCGAGCAUGCCAAAGACGAUGAAAUCGACUGGCGUCUUCUUGGAUCGGUGUCUUCGGAGCGCAAUCCCUUCCAGCUGGCCGAGGCGGGAAAGCGUGAAGCACUACAUCACCGGAUGGUUGAUCGCGUUGCGAGGAAGAAGCGCGAUGAAAAAGCCGCACAGGCCAAAACGCCUAUUUCUUCGCCGUUUGCGAAGGGCAAUGCCACUCCUGGAAAGAUGCUUACCCCUGCGGCACAGAAGUUGUUGAACAGGGUUGGCACACCGAGGGCGAAGUCGAGUGUGAUCCGGACGCCUAGGAAAUGA